UCAGAAAAUCGUUUUCCGGAUUAGGGAUAUAGAUUUUUUAAUGGAUUUUGUGAAAAAGGGUAGAGCACAAUAGUUCAAAUGUGGGACCGAGUUAUAUAUGUCUCGACUAUUUAUCUGCAGUUAAAUGUCGUAGAGAGUUGAAAGAGUGACGCUGACUAUCGGAUUGUAUCCAGCGGUCCUUUGUUGGACUAAUUAGUGUGUUUUGGUACGACAUGGAAAUUUCAAAUCAAGACAAUGGCACCGAUAUUGAAAACUACCCGGAACAAUCACCACCGGAUUGUCCCUAUCAACCAAAUGCCGAUCACCUUGGAAACAGUCCGAACGGAAGCAGCUCGGACCAGUCUUAUUCCAAAGAGUGUAAUUGGAACACAUUUCCGGAUCAUCCGACCGCAAGUCCUGAAAGUCCGGAAAGUAUUCAGGAGACUGCUACUUAUAACGGCAUGGAUACUCUGAAACAAAGACGCCCUGGAACUCCAUAUCAAGACAAGGAUGGCGGUCGCGAGGAAACAGCGGAAGGCCACAAUAGCGAUACAUCCGAAGGUCUUCUGGAUCCGGAACUGACCGACGACAAUUUUCCUGACCCGGAAUUAGCCGAGGUAAAUAAAUCAGACUUACCUAGUUCUGCUGAUGAAAUUCCGGACAUUGAUUACGCAGAUUGCAUUAAUUAUGAACCUAGAUCGUGUGAGCCGCACCAAGUUUCUCUCCCUAUCGAGGAUCAGAUUCGAACACAGAGUCGGGCGGUUCAGCAAUUAAUCUUUGCACAUAUAGAGGAAGAGGAAAAAGAAGAGGACAAAGUAGAGGAAGAAGAAGAUGUGAAGCCAAGGGACGAUGUCAGGAGUGUGGUAGAUGACGAACCAGUUCCGAGACAGAAAAAGCUGAGCAAACGACGAAGGUCCGAAAAUCCAGGCAGCAUGAAAAACAAAGACCUUACGAACGGUUGUCCGGUGAACGGGGAACUGGAGGACGAUGCACAUUUGAAGGUGACCUACACACCCGGAAAGAAAGGGGGGAGCUACGGAUUGCCAGUCGGAGCUAAAUUAGUCGUACCGGAAGGCCUGUUUGGGAAGAAGGACUCAAUAACAUGUCAGGUGGCGCCACCUGCACAAAGAUGGCGCCACUGUCCCGUUCUUACACCAUACGAACACAUGACUAGUGAAAUUUUUGUUCUGACAUCAACUGUUCAAACUUUGAAGAAAAAUAUAAUUGUGCAAAUACCGUUUUAUCAGAUAGACCCCGAACACAAUGAGUUGAACGUGAAAGGCAAAUGGAAAGACGAAAAUGAAUGGGUCAACGUGGGAUUUCUUAAAAAGGAGGACAGCUCGACUCCAUGUGUUGAACUCGAGAUUGACCGUCUUGGUAUUUUCGUGGUGACGUUUACACCUAAGAAGGAAUUGUUUGACGUCACACCCCAGGGCUGUCUAUACAAUGCACAUAUUAGUAGGUACAUCAGUAUCCGCUUCCCAAAGAAGGCUGCAGACAAGUCCUUCCAGUGCGCAAUACAGAUCACACCAAUCUCUCCGGACAAGUUACAGUUAGCCAAAGACUUUUAUCCGACCGAGCUCUGCGACCUUGUUCAGACAACAGAAUUUAUAGACUUAAUUCCCAGCGUUCCGUGCAACUUCCGGAGAGCGGCAACUGUAAAGCUCCCUCUACCGGGCGGUGUAGAGAUUGAAGAUGAAAGUUCGAACACCAUUGGGGUUUUCCAGAAAAUGGAGAAAGGUUGGGAGUUAGUUGAGAGUAAAUACAAAUACACACGGACUACUGUCACUUUCGACGUCAAAUCGUUAUCACGAUUUUGUGUCGUCCAGACCAAGCCUGAUCGGGCAAAACGGGUGCUGGCAGCGGUGCCUAUCGUCGAGGGAAGGAGUGACAAAGAAAAAGGGGAGGUGAUCGCCUUCCUUAACAUCCAGGAGAAGUUGUGGUUCGUUGUGCUGGAGUGUUUCCCUGAAACUAAAACAGAGACCCGGAUUAAGGAGAUGAAGGACAGGGGAUUCAAACAUAUUGGUAAACAGGUUCUACGGCGCGAGGAAGUGGUAGAAAAUAAGGGGUUCCGAAGGUCACAGCCAAAACACAAUAAAGUGAAGGAGAUACAGGGCUUUGAGCUGUUUGACGGUAUGAAGUGGACAAUGGAGGUAGUAGAGGAUAUUAAAGUCAGUUUUGACAGUGAUUACAUGGAGAACAGGGAAUUUCAGUAUUUCAGACAUUUACCGGAUAGUUGUCGGAAAUUUAUAAUUGAGCCGAAAAAUAACGAUGAAAAAGCAAUAAGCGGUGCAAUAAAUCUGCUCCCUGUGAAUAUGGAGAAUGAUGCGAAAAUGAAGGAGGCGUCGACCUUUUUCCUGAAGAUCGAACUAGACGAGGAGACAGUGAAAGCCUACUUCCGGCCAGAGUUUGUACCGGAGGAACCGGAACCAGUCAAAGAAAAGCCAAAUCUAGACCUUCUAAUGAUGAACACUGUGAAGGAGGAGAAGCCACUUAUACCCACAAUUCCAAAAUUCAAACCACUUCCGGCGACAGUCAUGGAACGGCUGAUGAAGACGAGCAGGAAACCUAUUAUAGUGGAAAAAGAAUCAAAGACAAUAUCCGGGAAGAGUUUACGGACUUUAUCGAAGUUAGUUCCGGAAGGGCUUACAUUGGCGGUGCAUCUGGAUCUUCCGGACAGCACCAUUACCGGACUCGGUUUCGACGCAAUAUCUAACGGCCUAAGCAUGGCGGAUGUGACGUAUAAGAUCCUUCUCUAUUGGAAACGUCAGAUGAAAGACAAGAAAGAUGGCGCCGUGGAUCGUCUGGCAACCGCCCUUCGUGACAUGGGACGUGGUGACGUAGCAACUGUUGUCAAUCAGUGUCACAAGGACAGCAAGGAACUGACCUUGGACUCGUUUGAAGUGAUGAACCAGUCAUAGUUUCGUACUUUACAUAAAUAUUAAAUCAGCCAUAUUUUCGUAUAUUUACAUCAAUUAUGAAAACUAUAUCUGCUUCGUUCAUAUGCUUAUGAGGUCUAUAUAAACGUUGAUAUUUAUAGUCAUUCGUUAGAAGGCAAUUAUUUCAAGCAGAAAUUACACUCGUCUUUCAAUGAUGUCAAUAUCAAUCGGAAUACAUGAUAUCCUUGAAAUCGUGCCAUACACAACAGAUUUAGAAUUUCAUCAAUUCCGUUAUAUAUAUUGGAACAACUUUAAAGAACACGUCAUUAGCAACACUUAUAAUAUGAUACUAGCGCUCAUAUUAUGAUGCAUUUUCAAGCUCAUUUGUUGGUAUCCAAGCUGUGGGAAACUGAUGACAUUCGAUGGGGAAUGAUCACAUUAUUUCACAAAAGAGGAAAAUAUAUUUAUACAUUUUUUGAAGACGCCAUUCAUGGAAUGAAUGUUAUUUGAAUACAUAUGUGUACGACUGGAAUGUCGGAGUUUGUAUAUUAGCGAGACGAGACACCCGACCCAUACCCUUACACCAUAAACUAUUAUCACUGUGUAUAAUUACUGAUGUAUAAGUGUAUAAUUACUGAUGUAUAAGUGUAUAAUUAAUAUAGUACAGACGUCAUUAUACGUGGGUAGUGCUUUACAAUUUAAACAAACCAUGAAAUAUUCAGUUAAUAUAUAUAUAUACCUUAUGUGCUUUAAAACCGGUCAUGCUAACUUUAAAUAAAAUUGCACAUUUCGUUAAAAACUACCUAGGAGUAUAACUAAUCUAUUCGUGUACAUCUGAUAAUUGUACCUUAUAAUUGAUGGUAUAUCAAGAAGGUGGAACAGACGAGGAUUGUUGCUUCUACAUUUCCUCUCAGUUACAGUAAACCCAUCAGAGUUUUAUAGGUUUGUAGUAACAUCAUAAUGUAUAUGUAUUAUGGUAGCUGUGCAAAAUAGUAUGGAUUCUAGCUACAUCCGAAUUUUACGAGGUUUUGUAGCAAUAUCCGAAUUUUAUGGGUUAUUGUAGCUAUAUCAAAUUUGUGUUGGUUACUAUAGCUACACUUGAACUUUGUGGGUUAUCAUAGUUACAUCGGAACUUUGUGGAUUAUUGAAGUUACAUCAAAACUUUAUUGGUUAUUGUAGAUACAUCAUAACUUUGCGGGUUAUUGUAAUUACAUCAGAAUUGUAUGAGUUAUUGUAUCUACAUCAGAACUUUGCGGGUAAUUGUAGCUACAUCAAAAUUUGUUUGGUUGUGUUGACGCUGCAUCAUAACGUUAUGGAUUAUUGUAGCUUCAUCAUACUUGGUGAGUUAAUGAAGAUAUACAUAAGAAGUUAAAGGGUGAUUGUAGCUACGUCAUUAAUUUAUGGGUUAUUGUUACUUCAUCAGAACUUUGUGGGUUAUUGUAGCUACAUCAGAAUUUUGAGUGUGGGUUAUAUUAUUGUACAUCUGAUAUUCUAUGGGUUAUUGUACAUCAUAUAUUCUAUGGGUUAUUAUAUGUAGCUUCAUCAGAAUUUGAUGGUUUAUUGUACAUCAGAUGUUCUAUGGGUUAUUGUACAUCAGAUGUUCUAUGGUUUAUUGUACAUCAGAUAUUCUAUGGGUUAUUAUAUGUAGCUACGUCCUGAUAUACAUGGGUGGUUGUAGCUUCACCCUGCCAUCAAUGGAUUAUUGCAGCGUCAUCAAAUAUCGAAUCUACAUCAAAAUACAGACUUUCCAUUACACUUUUGUUUAUCCGUCCAUCUUAGUGAUAUUGUAGACAAGUCAAGCUGUCCAGAGGUGAUUUAGUCGUUGAAUCACCAUACAGAUUGUAGUUUGCAAGGUGCUUUCAUAUCGUUUGUGGUACAAAUUUACAACACAUCCGUUUGUUCAUUUAUUUAUUGAUUUAACUGUGUAACAUUAAUACAUGUUCUGUGUAUGAGGAAACAUUAAAUAAAACAGAAGACAAGCAUGUA